AUUUUAUCUGCUUCACAUCAGUUGAGCUCCAAAACUAAGGGAUCUUGGUGCAGGGUGGAAGAGAGACAUUUGAAACCAGUCUGGCCUCUUCCUACAAGAAGAGCAGGGGAUAAUGAAGAUUCUGCUGCACACAAGGAUGUUAAUGACAGAUCAUUAACAGAGGCUUAGAGGCAAGCAACAUCCUUAUAUAGAUGGGGAGUGCAUGUAAACCCAGACACCUAUACAAGACAGGACAAGGGAAGAUAAGAGCCACAAACACUCCAGGCACCAGUGGCAACAGCAGCCUCACUUGGCUUUGCUUGGGGAGAUAGGGGGGAAUUGGAUGCACUUUGCCUUUAACAGGCUCUUAGCCAAAAAUCCGAGCUUGCAGGCAUAUAUGCAUUGGCUGUGUAACAAUAUCCCCACGUGAUUGCCAUGAAAGCCUCUGCAGGGAGGGAGGGAGGGAGGCAGCAGGAGAAAGAAACUUACAAGAGAGCUCCUGGGCGUCUCUGGUCAAUUGCGCCGCGCGCAGAGAACCACAGCUGGGAUGUGAAAUUGACCAAAGUGCUGCAGGGCUGUCUCUCCACCCGCCCUUUCCCCCUUUUCUGCCCCUCGGUUCUUCUCUCCUGUUCCCUUUACCCUUGGGUGAGUUUCCAGUCACCCCCGGUCUCGGGGCCACAUCCCUCAACAUGCCUGAGCAGAUCAGCGUCUCGGAGUUCCUGGCUGUGACUUCUGAAGAUCUGAACUCCCCGGCUGCUUCUACCUUCUCUUCCAAAAUGCAGAAGUGCCGGGGGGCGGUGGCGGCGCUGGAAGAGAGCCUGGACGGUGACCAAGCCAUUCUCCAGAGGAUAAGGAAAUAUGUGAAAGCCAUUCAUAGCUCCGGGCUCGCGCAUGUGGAGAACGAGGAGCAGUACAGCGAGUCUCUGGAGAACUUUGGUAACAACCACCUGUCCCAGAACAACCAUGAGCUCUCCACUGGCUUCCUGAACCUGGCCGUCUUCACCAGAGAAGUGACCGCGCUUCUCAAGAACAUGGUACAGAACCUGAACAACAUCGUCUCCUUCCCCCUGGACAGCCUGCUGAAGGGGCAGCUGAAAGACGGCCGGCUGGAUUACAAGAAGCAGAUUGAGAAGGCCUGGAAGGAUUAUGAGACCAAAGUAGCCAAGAUGGAGAAGGAGAGGGAGCGAGCCCGGGCAGCGGGAGUCAUCCAGGUGGAGCCGUCGCCAGCGGACAUCGCCGAGGAGACGCAGAAAGAGCGCCGCAUGUUCCAGCUGCAGAUGUGCGAGUAUCUGCUGAAAGCGAACGAGAGUCAGAUGAAGCAAGGUCCAGACUUCCUGCAGAGCCUGAUCAAGUUUUUCCAUGCACAGCAUAAUUUCUUCCAAGAUGGCUGGAAGGCUGCUCAGAAUCUCUACCCUUUCAUUGAGAAGCUCUCCGCCUCCUUACAUGUACUGCAUCAGGCCCAGGAGGAGGAGGUGAAGGAGCUCACUCAGAUCCGGGACUCCCUCCGAGGCAUCCUGCAGCUGGAGAACAAAGAGGAAAACCUGCACAGGAAGAACUCUGGCAGCGGCUACAGCAUCCACCAGCACCAAGGGAACAAGCAGUACGGGACGGAGAAGUCAGGUUUUCUGUCCAAGAAAAGCGACGGAAUCCGCAAAGUGUGGCACUGCCUCACCAUCUCCCACAGCACGAUAAACCGGCCUCCCGUGAAGCUGAACCUGUUGACCUGCCAAGUGCGACCUCACCCGGAGGAAAAGAAGUGCUUCGACCUUGUGACACAUAACAGGACGUACCACUUCCAAGCCGAGGAUGAGCAGGAGUGUGUUGUCUGGGUGUCUGUGCUGCAGAACAGCAAGGACGAAGCUCUCAGCAACGCCUUCAAGGGGGAUCCAAGCAGUUGUGUGGCCUCGGCUGGGGGGGUGACGGACGGUGGCCUGCAGGAGCUCACCAGGCUAGUCAUGGGCGAGGUGAAGGGCAUGCCAGGCAACAGGCAGUGCUGUGACUGCGGGGCCCCAGAUCCCACGUGGCUCUCCAUCAACCUGGGCAUCCUGACGUGCAUCGAGUGCUCGGGCAUUCACCGGGAGCUGGGGGUGCACUACUCCCGCAUACAGUCCCUGACCCUGGAUGUUCUCAGCACCUCCGAACUGCUGCUGGCGGUCAGCAUUGGAAAUGUCCGGUUCAAUGAAAUCAGCUCCUCCCUCCCUCCCACCCGCAGGAGCGCCAGGAAAGAAUAUAUUGUGGCCAAAUACAUGGAGCGCAAAUACGUCCAGAAAGAUGGCCGGGACGAGUCGCACCGGCUCUGGGAAGCCAUUCGCAGCCGGGAUCUCUUAGCCUUGCUACAAGCCUUUGCAGAGGGGCACGACUUAGCAAAACCCCUGGCUAGCCCUGACAGCCAGGACCAGGGUGAGUUGGCUCUGCAUCUGGCUGUGCGUUAUGCAGACAAGUCCUCCCUCCCGCUGGUGGACUUCAUCAUUCAAAAUGGGGGGAACCUGGACAGAGCGACUCAGGAUGGGAACACGGCUCUGCACUACAGCGCUCAGUAUAACCAGCCCAACUGCCUCAAACUGCUGCUGAAAGGAAAAGCGGCCACAAACACAGUGAAUGCUGCAGGCGAGACGGCCCUGGAUGUGGCAAGGAGGCACAAACACACCGAGUGCGAAGAGCUGCUUGAGCAGGCGCAAGCUGGGAAGCUAAACCUGCAGGUGCCCUUGGACUACGACUGGGAGGUCCCUCAGGAAUACACCUACGACAGCGAGGACGACCAGGAGGAGAAGGUGAGCCCCCUGCAACGAUCCUUUAAGUCCACGUCCUCUCCAACCACAGGCCAGCCUGCCCUCUUCCCCCAGAACCGGUGGAGCUGCUCUGGCAUGGACAUCAGCAACAAGACCUACGAGACCAUCCUGGUUCCCUCCCGGCCCGUGAGCCCCCUGCAACGAUCCUUUAAGUCCACGUCCUCUCCAACCACAGGCCAGCCUGCCCUCUUCCCCCAGAACCGGUGGAGCUGCUCUGGCAUGGACAUCAGCAACAAGACCUACGAGACCAUCCUGGUUCCCUCCCGGCCCGUCCAGCGGCGGUCACACAGCGAGGAGAUCCCUCCACCGCUGCCUGUCAAAAACCCGACCAGAGGGGGCUCCAGGACCAAACCGGGGCAGAGCCCAGCAGAUCGCCCAGAGCUCCCCCGUCAGGCCUCUGAGCCCCAGGCCUCCACACUAUCAGAGGCACCUGCCCUCCGACACCUGUCCACAUCCAGCGCUCCCAGCACCUUGGACAGCAGUGCAUCCCGGCCGCUGUCCACCUCCCGGAGCCCCCCGGAAGCCAGACGCACUGUCUGUUGGGAAACCCACGCAGAGGCGGAUAGCGGCAGCCAGCGGAGGAUGUCGGAGACCAGUCCGACAAUGGCGCAGCAGGCUGCUGCUGGGACAUCACCAGAACAGGGGCAAAUAACCCCGGUUAAGUUCAGCUCAGAAAUCACCCGGUCCUACCGGCGGAUCAGUGGCAGCUCAGCGGGGAAAUCCUCCGGCUCGGCCAUCUCCCUCCCAAGCUCCGAGGAGCUGCCUUCCAGCAAGGCUCCGAGUUCGGUGCCGAACGCUGCCCCUGUGCCCAUGCCCAGGAGGUUCGCCCCGGCCAAGGGGAGGCAGAAGAGGGUGAUGGCGCUGAUGGACUGCAAGGGGGAGAGGGCCCGGGAGCUGAGCUUCUCCAAGGGCGAGGUGAUCGUGGUGACCCGGGAGGAGGAUGAGCAGAGCUGGGUCGGCUUCAUUGAAGGAGAUGGCUCCAGGACGGGCGUCUUCCCUGCCAGCUUUGUCCAUCUCUUGCAAGACCGAGACUGACUGGCUGGUUUCUCCUUUUCCCUGGGAACAGGCCCGAGCUCUCGGCGAGCGUGCGGGGUGCAGGACUGACCCCCCCCCCCCCCCCCCAGCAAGGCCUCAGGACUUUGUACUCCAGCAACUCCAGGGCAACAGGCCUGUUUCUCGCUCCCCGUCCCACCCUCAGACUGGACCUCGAAGGCCAGGGCCGGCCGGGCACAGACGAUGAGGGUUUGGUGCAGGGGCUAAAGUGGAACCCCCCCAAGGUACCAGUCCAUUUAGUCUCUUUCCCCAAACUAGUCCCUUCUCUUGGACGGAGAGGUAGCCGGGCACCUUCCUCCCAUUGGACCAGGACCAGCCUCUCUCUCUGCACCCUCACCCCAGCCUUGCAGCUCACUGGAUGAGCCGGACAACGAGAACCAGCACAUGAGGAUCCCAUGGAACUUGCAGGCCCCUCUGCAGAGCUGGGGCGGGCGAUGGCUGAGAAACAGCAAGGGACCCUGGCUUGCUAGGAGAUGGACAAGAACCACGGACAGUCUUGCUGCAGCUGCUCCUUGCUCCGCAACCCUCGGCUCCAGCCAUUUGUCUGCUCUGUAACCUCUGUGGACUGAGGGAACGUCUAGUCCUGCCGCCACCUCGGAGACCUGGGAGGGGGUUCAAAUCUGAGCCGGGAUGCCUCUCGUCCCAUUCCCCUGGGAUCCAAGUGGGAGCCCCGAGUUCUAGUAUUCCGGUGCUGGGCCGGGGCAGAGGUCUGUAGUGAAGCAAAGCAAAGGGACGUAGAUCCCAAACAUUGUAUCUUCUUCCCAGCAAUUAGCCCCAAAGGAUUGAGUCAGGCCAGGAGCAGGCCGCCAGCCCCUUGUGGGGGACUAGGCACCAUCUCCAGGGGGCCAGGCGAGCGUUAGCCUGGCUGCGCACUGCCCUCUGUUACUUCCUAGGGACACAGGCCCCGGGGUGAGUCUGCAAUGGCAGGACAAGGCCCAUCCAGUGCUGAUAGCCUGGCACCCCCCCUGCCCUCCCAGCACAGUGCCC